AUGGGUUUCAACAGCAAGUUCCUGUUUUCCUUGUUAAUUUUGGUUAUUGCGGUUCCUUUAAUGGUGAAUGGUAUUGUUUGGAAUGUUGGUGAUGAUGCUGGUUGGUCCGGUCAGUCUCAACUUGAUUAUACUGACUGGGCGGCGAAACCAGCGUUUAUAGUUGGUGAUGACAGUCUUCGUUUUGUCUAUGAUCCCUACACCACUAAUGUCUUAGAAGUGAGUUUUACUGAUUACAGACGUUGUGAUGCAACAUCUCCACUCGCCACCUACAACUCCGGGAACGACACAAUUCCAAUAACAAAACCCGAACAGUUUUUCAUCAGUGGCAAUCCUGUUGACUGUAAGAAUGGCCUCAGGAUUGAUAUUAUGGCUACCAAUUCACCAUAUCUUAGGUAUUUACGGUCUGGCCAUGAAGGCAUACCCGAAGAUCCAUCUAUUGGAGGAUCAACCACGACUCAAACCUCGGAUUCGUCGACCGGAGGAGCAGCUUCGACUCCAGCAAUGUUCGCGCCUCCUUUAAUGGUGAAUGGUUUUUUUUGGAAAGUUGGUAAUGCUGGUGGUUGGUCCGGUCAGUCUCAGUAUAAUUACACUGAUUGGGCCUUGCAACCAGCGUUUCUAGUUGGUGACAGUCUGGAAUUCGUUUAUAAUCCCAACAUUACUAAUGUCAUGGAAGUCACUUAUUGUGAUUUCGAAUCAUGUGAUGCCACGUCUCCACUCGCCACCUACAACACCGGGUUUGACGAAGUACCGAUAACAAAAGUAGGCCACCAGUAUUUCAUCAGUGGCAAUCCUGUAGACUGUAGGAACGGCCUCAAAGUUGAUAUUAUGGCUACCAAUUCUGAAUAUAUUAGGAAUUUUAGGACCGAACCAGCCUUUGGUCUUGGCUAUUUCGUCGUACCCGGUUCUGGAUGGCCAUAUGAUGAAGGAGCAGACAUAAAUGGAGCCAUAUCAUGUGAUUCAGAUUCAUAUACAGCUUCGACUCCAACUAUGUCACCUACUUCUUCUACCGAGGCAUGCCUAAACUGUUACUAUGCCGCCUAA